UGUUUGAGCCCGAUGGACGCGGCAGCAGCUGGAGGAGGUGAUCCUGCCUCUGCUGCGGUGCUGUGCCCAGUCCUGGGCCUCCCGUAUGACAAAGAGCUGGGAGAUGCCAGCAAGUGCUGCUGUGAUGCUGCAGGCGCUGGGGCUGCUGUGCCGGGAGGAGAGGCUGAGAGCUGUGGCUGCUUAACACAGAGAUUCAGAUCCUGCUCAUGUCCAUGAAUCCCUGAUAGGAGGUGCAGAGAGCGUGGAGCCGGGCUUCUGUCAGUGGUGCCCUGUACCAGGACAGAAGGCAUAAACUGAGGCACAGGAGGCUCCAUCUGACCAUCAGGAAGCACUUGUGUGCUGGAGCAUUGCUACAGGGACCCUGAGAUUGUGGGUGUCUUCCUUGGGGAUCUUCAGAAGCUGCCUGAAUGUGGUGCUGGGUGUCUCUGCUGGAGCAAGGGUUUGAGCAGAUGGACACAGAGGUCCUUUCCAGCCUCAACCCGUCCUUUUGUGACUGUGUGUUUGCUUGCACUUCAGGUGGUUUGUAUUUUUGAGAGAUUAAUUAAGGGAAAGAGCUUCAGACUCUUAGAAUGUUAAGGUGUGAUUUAGGCAACAUGGGGCAGGAGAUUUCAGAAGGAGCUGAAUGUUGGGGUUUGAGUUCCACGUAAUGUGCAUUAUGUGUGAUAGUUGAUAGGAGUAUGUCUGGACAUAAUUUGUGAUGGAAGGUUUUAUAUCAGCUUCCCCUUGAUUAUGAGUACAAAGCCUAUAGGCUUCAUUGAGGCCUAUAGGCUCUGGAUAUUUGCAAACCUUGUUUUAAAGGUUGGCAUCCAUUGCUUUCAGGUGGGGUUUUUUAUUCAGUGAUAAAUCUGGAGAGAUGUAAGCUAAAUCUGUCUGCUUCAGGGGUCUCCUGGGCUAUGGUAGUGUUUACCACAGCUGCAGUAGGAAGAUCAGAAAUUGACAGAAUGGUUGCACAUCUCAACUGGCCUUUGUUUAGAGGGAAGGGAAAUGUGAUUCUGAACAGGAAGAGAAAAUGAGUGCUAAAGAGAGGUACUGGUGGCAAGAUGUGACCCGUUCAUGCUGUACCAUUCUUAAAAGGAAACUUCUGCUCAUGAGGGUUAGUUAAAGUAACUUCUUAAAGAAUAUGAUUUUAAAAAUAAUCCCCCACUCCAUCAGCUGCUUACUGGCGUGUGUUUGCUUUCAGAGCCUUUCACGUGGAUUCCAAGUAUGGAAAUUAAGGCAGGAGUUUCUUUAGAAAUGUGAUGCUAGUGAAUUGAAUCUAAUCUUCUACGGAGGAGCUUGCAUAACAGUAAGAGAUCUGACUUGAGCUGCCUUAAUAAUCCCUAGGUAGUCACUGGGGAGAGUGAGCUGCUGCUUAGGGAGUGAGGGAUGGAGGAGCUGCCUUCUGGAGAAGUUCAGUUAGGUGCCUGCUGUGGGAACGGCCUGAGGAGUCCUGUUUGCUGGAGGGCUGCUAAAUAAUACUGCUUGGGGGAGUACUGAACAGUUUCCUGCUGAAGUGUAGGAUGUGCAGGUGCUUCACAUCAAGAAAAUAACAAGCAGUGCUUACUGAAGUUACAAAUUACAGCUUGUUCUUUACUAGCUUUGUGCCAGUAAAAUUGCUGGGCUCCACUGGUUGUUAGUGAUUCAUAUUCCGGAAGAUUUGAUACGUGCUUAAUCAGAAGGCACAAAGACGUUGUCAGAGUUCAGGAGCUGAGUUCAAAGGCCUGCCACGUCAAGUCCAGUGCAGAUACUUUGGGCAGCUAAUCGUACGCAAACAGAGAGGGGCCAGAGGAGGAAGUUAAGUCAAACUGGAAUGACAGGAGCACAGAUUGACUCGGUUCUGGGUACACCUUGAUCAGGAUGAGGCGAUGGGAGCUGCCCUGUUGGUCUUCCAGCAUCUUGUGCUGAGUGCUCAUGGCGUGUGCAAAGGACAGAUCUCCUGUGUGAUCUGAAUGUACCAGGUUGUCCUCAUGAGUGCUCCAGUGGAGAAUGUCCAUGAUCUUCUUUGCCUGUGUGGUGCGGGUGAGAGACGGUCUUCCCCUCUCAGCCUCCACAGACUUUCAUUUCAACCAGGACUUUUUGGAAUGCAGAAAGAAAUUGAAGGCAUUAUCCUCAGUUCUGGCACGUUAUCCAAAUCGAGGCACAGCAAAAGGACGUGAGCUGAGCAUACAUUUCCUGUCUUCUGGGGAGAUUGCCUGCAUGGCCAUCUGUUCCAGCAGUUACUCGACCAUCAUGGCAUUUUGCUUCCUGGAAGAGCUUCAUUGGGAAUUUGCUGCUUCCUAUGACACAACAAGCAUCAGUUUAGCUUCCAGACCGUAUGCUUUUCUUGAAUUUGAUGAUGCCAUUCAGAAAGUAAAACACCGCUUUAAUUACAUGAGUGGCUCUGCAACGAAGGUCAGCUGGGAGAAGGUGGAGGAGGAGCUGAGGUUGCAGCCCCCUGUUCAGCUGAAGCUGGAGGAUGCAGAGCUGAUGAAUGGGAUGGCUAAUGGUGGGCACACAGGAGUGCAUGUGGAGGUUGCCCCUGCCUACAGAAUGGAGCGUGUGACCCCCCUGGGCAUUCUGUCACUUGUUCUGAACAUCAUGUGUGCAGCUCUGAAUCUCAUCCGAGGAGUUCACCUAGCAGAGCAUUCCUUUCAGGAGGACUAUGAAGGAAUUGGAAAUGUGGUAGCAUUUUUUCUACCUUUUCUAGCCUGUGUUUUUCAGUGUUAUUUGUACCUGUUCUACAGCUCCAUGAGGAAGGUGAAGACAUUUGUACUCUUCUGCUCUGUUUGUUCAUGCAAUAUUUACUUGUAUGGAUUACGGAAUCUCUGGCAAAUAGCCUUUCACAUAGGAGUGGCAUCUCUUUCCUCCUACCAGAUACUGACAAGGCAACUUAUGGAGAAACAACCUGACUGUGGAGUAUGAAAAAGACUUUGGGUUCGCAAUGCUCUUUUUAAAAUCAUUUUUUAUGGUAUUAAAAUGGCCAAAAAUAGUUUGAAGUAUUUUUAAAUAUUUGUGACAAUGGUUACUGCAAGGAGGAUGUUCCAAAACAUGACAUUAUGACAGGAUACUACUGUAUUUCAUUCACACAGUGAAGAAUUCAGCUGUGUUCCACAUAACGUGUGCUAAAGGUGCAUGAUAGAUUUUGUCAGGUGUCAUCAACGGGUCGAGGUUCUCCUUACCAUAAACAGGCUCUUACUCCUUGACUACCACCAUCCAGACAGCAUUUUGCCAUCUGUCUUGCUGGCUUUGUGACAGUUUGGCAGCCCAAUGUCUUGGCCUGCCAAUGCUUCUAAAAAUAUUAAAAACAUUGCAGUGAAGCGAAGGUAAAGUGGUGGGUAAUAUUUUUGUCUGUAGAAUUUAUUAAACGUUAAGAUUCUUGGUAAAUGUAAGGAAAGGAGUAGUUUGCCAUAGUUAGGUGAGUUAUCAAUGGGAGAAAGUGUUAGGAUGAGAUUCAGGGCAUAUUUUUCCUGGGUUUUGAAGGAAAGGACAAGACUGGCUUCUUCAAAAACUCUAGAGGCUAUAAGUGUCUCCUGGCUGAGCAGCACAUUGUCAUUAACUGUGUGCUUAUUGUUUAAUCCCAAAUAUGCUUAGGGCAGCAUGAAGUGAACCAAGCGAACACAAGUGACCUUUCAGCUCAGGUGGCCUUUAUUUCCUUGGUUAAGGUCACUCUCACUGUAAGGGCAAUCCCAUGUUUGCUUGGUCUGUACAGAUAACAAACCUUCCAAGCCUCCUUAUGACAGUCCUUCACCUUUAGAGCUGUUGAAUUGAAAGCCAUCUCCAGUAAUGGAGAGCAAGAGCAGGUUCUCUUUUUUUAAUCUGAAACACCUUUCGUUUUUGGUGUUGAGUUCUUACACUAAGAUGAAUUUAUGAGCGUGGAAGUUUGGAUACUACUUAGCUCUACUACUUAGGAGCUGAGUUUCUUCACCUCUGCUGCACUUGGUUUUCCUGUAUGUGAUCAGGAUCACAGAAUGUGAUGCAGUUUGGCACAUAAAUGAACAUAACAAAGCAUAACAUACAUGAACAAAGCAUAGCAUUUUGAUGCUGCUGUCCCUGAAGGAUUGAAGACUCAAACUGGAAAGAUACAGGGAACUGUAAGCGUGUUAUUGUCCAACUGUGGGCAUUGCUUUUCUUUUUUAUUAUUGUUGUUUUUCCUUACAAGUCUAUUUCCUGGUGACCCCAUUUCCAUUUCCACCAAAGAUACCUUUUUUUCCUCUCACAGUCUCUACCUCUGGUGGUUGCAGGGAGAUGAACACCAUGCAGAGAUGUCUUCCUGAGUUUGCAGGAACACAUGAAAGAAGUUUCUUGUUUCUUGCACAUCUGUGAAUUUCCCUGGAAUCUCAUCAUGCCAACAUUGCUAGUGUCAGUGGAUUGCUAGACCAGAAUUGUGUAGCACCUUGGAAGCACUUCUUUGAUGCUUCUGACUUCAACCUGCAGCCCAUUAUAACCUGAAUGGUUUCUGAGGCUGCAUGGUAGCACAGAAGCAUUUCUCUUCCAUUCCAUGCUAACCAAUUACUGUCACAAUAAAUAGUGAGUGCUUUAAAGUGCUUGGAAGUAUGCAGUAGAAAUGAUGGAGGAAGAUUUCAGCCAGCCAGAUAGGAGCACUGCUAAGGCUGUGUGCUGUAAGGGAUGGGUUAACAUUGGUUUUCUGUUGUAUGCUCUGGCAGAAAACUGGAGCUGAGUGGAAGAUGAAGCCAGCAUUGAGCCACUGUCCUUUUGGCACCUGGGGGUCCCCACAGAUGUGCAGAUUUUAGAGCUGCCAAGCUUUAGGUUUCCAUGCUGGUCAGUCCCAGUUUUACUUGGUGAGGUUGGUGAGAUGCUCUUUCAGUGUGAUUGGAGGCUGCAGGGAACUAAGAAAUACAGCUGGAUUACAACUAACUCAAGUAAUUAUAAAGCAAACCAACAAAAACCCAACCAGCCCAACUCCUGACCUCCCUCUCUCCACAUUGUCCCCAGAAAGCUUAAAGACAUGUAAAAAAUAAAUCUCUCACUAGGAAUGAAUGCUUUGCUAACCCAGUCUGGUGGGGGCAGCUGCACCCAUGGGAGGGCAUUGGAACUGGAUGGCCUUUAAAGUUGCUUCUAACCCCAGCUGUGCUGUGAGUCUAAGGAAGAUAGUGGAUCUGACAUGUUUUUGGUUGCCUAGGGCAUGGACUGGCUAUCAGCCUACUGGCUAACUGUGGGGAAAGAAUAAAGCAUUUCCUACUACAAAAACUUGGUGAAAGGGCCCUCUGACAUCCUCAGACUCCCCAUUCCUCCUUUAUUUCACCUCCAGUCAGGCUUGAGAAUCCAAAAGAGCUGCACUGGUUCUCCUUAGGGCUUCAGUAAAGCUGGUUUGCUAUCACAUAAGGCAUGCAGAUCACAGCCAGGGCACAGGGCCAGGGAACCAUUGUCUUCUUUGUGUUCCACGUCCCCCUGUUUAGCUGAUGGGAAGAAACUGUAAUAUUCCUGAUGGCUCCUGAGCAUCUGUUUGCUUUAUCAUAAAACAAAUGCAUCCCUGCUCCAGGUGAUGUGAGCAAUAGCUCGCUUCGGUGAGGAAGGUAGAACAAGGUGUUAAGACAGCUCUUGUAAUUAACCUAAUUAGAGUUGAUAGAGAUUAAAUUCAGCCUUCCCCUUCAUGUUUUCUUUUCUUCCUGAGAAUGCUUUGUCAAAUAAAAUCAGUUGGUGCAAUUCUGCCUUCGUGGAAAUGCUUUAGGGAAUGGAUAGAGGAUGUGACUGGGUUUUUUUCUGAACAGACAAAGCUUUGAUUUGCUGUGAGGCUUAAUCUCUUCACAACCUUUUAAUUUUUCCUUAUUAAGCCGUGUUAAAGAACCUGUGUGCAUUCACAUGAGCACCGUGUCUGUGCACUUUGCAGGUGUGGGUUUUGAUUUCGGUACAAGAGCAAACAUUUGACCUGAUCGUUGUUUUGUGUUGUUAUUUAGAAUGGCUUCUCUAUCCGUAUGGCAUUGACACAGUUAAACCUUUUCCUCCAGCCAAACAGCAGGAGGAAUAGCAUAGCUUACAUUGAUUUCAGUGCUUUAAGGUUUAAUAAAAAAGAAUGACUUGCAGUUUGAGUACAUGAAAUCUGACUCAUAGCGUGGGAUUAUGGCUGUGUUAAAUCCCCAAACAGGGAUCCAUCCCUUUUUUGUUCAAGCUGUUGAACGCAGGUUGACUUGUAUCUCCUUAAUUCAGUUUGUGAGUCCCUGGGAGGUUCUUCUCCUCGCCCAGCAGCACAGCGUGAGGAAGUUGGCACAGAGGAAACUUCAUUAACUUAAGGGUUUGCAGAGCGUGGUCACUUUAUGAACCCCAUUUUCUGUUCUUUUUUUUCUCCUAAAUGCCUGUUAAGUUUAUAGAAGGUGGGCUGGUACCUUUUUAGACGUUUUUGCACUCUAUUAAUAAUUGAACCUGUGUAAAUGUGUAUAAAAUCAUUUUGCAUGUGUAUGUAUAAAUGUACAUAUCUAAUAAAUGGCUUUUGUUUUGUUUUGUAA